AAUCAAUCAAUACCUAAAGAUAUGAUACCAUCUUCAGUUAUUACAUUAUCAUUUGGAUCAAGUUUCAAUCAUCAUUUAACACAUGGAUCAUUACCAAUAAUGUUACAAUCACUUACACUUGGUGAUGGAUUCAAUCAACAUAUUGUCCCUGGUGUACUACCAUCUUCAUUGACAUAUCUACAUAUGGGAGGCUAUAAUCAUCCACUUCAAUAUGGAGUGUUACCCAAGUCCAUCACCAACCUACACCUUGGAAAUACAUUUGAUCAAGUCAUUAAUCAAGUUCAUCUACCAACCCAACUUAACAAACUUACUCUAAGUCAUAUGUUCAACAAACAACUUGAAGUCAAUACUUUGCCUACCCUUCAAACUUUGAUCACUGGCGCCAUGUUCAAUCAAUCAUUCAUCCCUGGAUCCCUACCAACUUCACUCACUUUCCUCCAACUUGGAACAAACUAUGACAAACAAAUCCCAGUUGGUGUACUUCCUUCUCCAUCAUUGACAUCCCUAUCCCUCGGUUACCAAUUCAAUCAAAUAAUAAUCCAGGAUAGUCUUCCAACUUCAUUGAUCACACUAACUUUUGGCCACUCAUACGACCAACCCCUGUCGAUCAACGUCCUACCUCAAUCACUUACUAGCCUAACAUUUGGAACGUCAUUCAAUCAUGCUUUUGAACCUGGUGUGCUCCCCAACAGACUUGUAUCAUGUACCUUUGGGUUCAAGUUCAAUCAACCACUACUCGUUGGAUACCUUCCACAGUUACUCACCAACCUAUCCCUUGGCUACUGCUUCAAUCAGCCACCCUCCAAUCUAUGCCUGCCAGUCAAUCUCCGUAUGAUAGUAUUCGCCAACACCGCACGUAAUCAACAUGUACGCUACCUAGAUGUGUUGCCAAUGUCUGUGCGACAGGUCAGACUCAGACAGACUGAUCAACAUCUGAGCAUACCAAACAAUGUACAGCGCAUGGUAUUGGACCUCUCAAGACAAUCCACCAUCCAAGCACUUGGUAUAAUCAACAAUGUAAUGACAGAUAUACGCAAGUCCAAUGUUGGUGAUCUUGAAGUACUACUUCCAAAAGAGCAACGUAUAUGCAUCAGAUGGUUGGACCCCAACUACAUGAUGGCUACCUUAUCCAAACCUGGCAAUCCAAUUCCUAGCAACAUCAACAACAUAGUCAGCGCUGUCACAAUCAAUCAGUGGUUCAAUCAAAUAAAG